AUGAUCAGCAAGCAUCGCUGGUCAUGCACUUUGCUUUGUAGCUGCCUCUUGGUUGUUGGCGCUUUGUUCGCUCGACCUGCCGAGGCAGUACGAGAACACGACUUCAAAAAGUGCCGUGAUUCGUCCUUCUGUCGCAGGAUUCGAAGACAGUCAGAGUACGUCGAGCAAUGGCAGCACGACCAUAAAGAAUCUUUCACAUCGCCCUACUACAUUCCAUCUCCCGCACCGAACUUUGUGCACAGCAACGCUAGCAUCAGCUUUCCCUUGUCAUCUGCACUUCAUCCUGAUAUCCAAUUCGAGCUCUCUCUCACCUUUUUCAGAGAUGGCACUGCUCGUGUUCGCGCAGAUCAAGUAGGUCAGAGAUACGGCGACUGGAAACGCUACGACGAAGCUGCAGUAUGGGCCAUCGAACAGCUCCCUGAGCUGGCUUCAGCACCUUCUGACACCCGCAUCCAGACUACCACGGACGGCUUCCAGGUUGACUUCGGACCGCAGCUCUCUCGCUCGGUCAAACUCAAUUACUCGCCGCUCAAGAUCGAAAUACUCCGGGAUGGAGAGACGCAGGUCAUUCUCAAUGACCGUGGCCUCAUGCACAUGGAGCAUUAUCGUAAGAAACCAGAGCCUUUCCCCACGGUCAAGCAAGAAGAUCAGGAAGUGUCACAGCUCGUCUUCCAACGCAACAAAAGAGCUAUCCUCGGCUCUUCCUCUGCAUCUCGCUUCAGUGAAUCGCUCGUCUCGCAAUGGGCUGGCUUCGAGCAGGAGGAUCAAGGCGAAUGGGAAGAGACGUGGGCUUCUCGUCGUGAUAGCAAGCCUAAGGGCCCAGAAGCUUUGGCCUUAGACAUGACCUUCCCCGGAUAUUCGCACCUCUUUGGUCUUCCCGAGCAUGCUUCUCCUCUUUCCUUGCGCUCAACAAGGGCUCCUGUUGGGCUCGAUGCGGCUCAAGACGAGAAAGAUCGCUUCGACGAGCCAUAUCGACUCAUGAACACCGACGUUUUCGAGUACGAUUACAAUUCUCCCAUGAGCCUCUACGGUAGCGUUCCUGUUUUGCACGCCCAGAGCAAAGACCGCGCCGUCAGCGUCUUCUGGCUCAAUGGUGCAGAAACCUGGAUUGAUCUGCACAAGUCCAAGUCGUCGAACUCCAAGUCAUCCAGCGUUGACUCGUACUCACACUUCUUCUCCGAGUCAGGUAUUCUUGACCUAUUCAUCUUCACUUCUGCUGAUGCCCAGACCAACAUGGCCCACUUCACCAGGAUGGUCGGUCGCACCGUUUUGCCGCAAUACUUUGCCAUUGGCUAUCACCAGUGUCGAUGGAACUACCUCACUGACUCGGACGUCAAGGACGUGAGUCAACGAUUCGACGAUGAAGACAUUCCCAUGGAUGUCAUGUGGCUCGAUAUCGAGUACAGCAAGGAUCACAUGUACGGCGUCUGGGAUGAAAAGGCAUUCAAGGAUCCCGAAGCCAUGGUCAAGGCGCUCGACGACAAAGGACGCAAGCUCGUCAUCAUCAUCGAUCCCCACCUGAAGCGCACUCGAGACUACUGGCUCUACGCUGAAGCUCAGGACAAAAAGUUGCUUGUCAAGGACUCGGACCGCGACGGCGAGUUCGAAGGCUGGUGCUGGAGCGGCAGUGCCAGCUGGCUCGACAUGUUUGAGCCUGCCAGUUGGCAGUGGUGGGCUGAUCAGUUCAGCCUCGUGGGCAACAAGCUUGCUGGCAAAAUACGUGCCAAUGCCCGCAACGUGUUCGUCUGGAACGACAUGAAUGAGCCAGCCAUCUUCAAUGGUCCUGAGGUCACUUCGCCCAAGGAUGUCAUCCACGCCGGCGGUUGGGAGCAUAGAGAUCUGCACAACAUCAACGGCGUGCUUUUCCACAAUCAAACCGCACGCGGGCUUCGCGAUCGAGAGCUUUUGGUGCCCGCCUCGUUGGGAGGCGGCAAACCGCGUCGACCCUUUGUCCUUUCCCGCGCCUGGUGGGUGGGAACCCAAAAGUACGGCGCCAUCUGGACGGGUGACAAUCUGGGGACAUGGGAGCACCUCGCAGUCAGCGUGCCCAUGAUUCUGGCCAACAAUAUCGGCGGCAUGAGCUUUUGUGGUGCUGAUAUAGGUGGUUUCUUUGGCAACCCGACUCCGGACAUGCUUGUGCGCUGGUACCAGGCGGGCAUCUUUGAACCCUUCUUCCGAGCGCACGCUCAUAUCGACACCAAGAGAAGAGAGCCCUACCUUCUGGAGGAACCGCUUCGAAGUGCCGUUAGGGACCUCAUCAAGCUGCGGUACCAGAUGCUUCCUAUGUGGUACACGGCCUUCAAAGACAACGCAGUAACAGGUAUGCCUGUGUUGCGACCUCAAUUCUUGAUGUUCCCCAACGAUCCUGAGGGUUUCGACAUCGACACGCAAUAUUAUAUCGGCGACUCGGGCUUGUUGGUGCGUCCUGCGGUAGACAAAGACGUUGACUCGGUCCAAGUGUAUUUGGCCGAAGACCGACCGUACUACAACUAUUUCACGCACCAAAUCUACCAAGGCUCUGAACGCGGCCGCAGUGUGACGGUGCCGGCGCCGUUGACCGAGCAGCUGCCGUUGCUCCACCGUGGUGGAUCGAUCCUUCCGUUGCGAGAGCGCGCCAGACGCGCUGCCGAGUUGGGCCGUUCGGAUCCCUUCACGCUGGUCAUUGCCCUGGACAAGCAAGAGCGUACAGGGAAGAGCGGCUCGAAAGACGUUCUUGCCGAGGGAAGCUUGUAUCUGGAUGAUGGCCAGACAUAUGACUUUGAGGAGGGUCAAUUUGUAUGGCGUCGCUUCGAGUGGACUCGAAACAGUGCAACAGGCAUGCAUUCGUUGCGAAGCAUGGAUGAGGCUAGCGUCAAGAUGGCCGAUACUCACUUGGUGCUGGGAGACAGCAAACAGUUGCUUCCUUACCAAGAGAAGAAUGCUUUCGCCGAAUCGAUCAAAAGCGUUCGCGUGUCGAAGCUCGUCGUACUGGGCUUGGAUCGCGAACCAAAAGCUGUUCGAAUCGACGGCAAUCGCGUCAGUGGCCCAACCCAGACUACUGCGAUCGAGUGGGAUUGGAAGAGUGGCUCAAGCUCGUCGAGUAAGGGCGCUGCCUUCGGUUUGGGUUCGAGCACAGCAUCUGAGCUGAUCAUCAAAGAUCCAGCUGUUGCCAUUAUUUCGGACUGGACCAUCGAGUUCGAGUUCUGA